AUGGAAGAUAAUCGUCGCCGGAAGCAUCGCGAUAUCUGCACAAACGAGGCAGAAGGUUAACCUGAAACAUCAUCUUCUUCCCUGAGCUCAACCGGUCGAUAUACACGCCAUCUUUUCAAGCCUUAAUAUCCGAAACGGCUUUGUCUGAGGAGCGUGUGCAGAAGUGAGCAGUACCGAGUGGGAGUUCGUCGACCUGACCGACCAAGAAGAGGACCUCGUGUACCGAAUGCACCGGCUCGUCGGCGACAGGUAAAGCAGUGCCGGUGGGUAUGGCGACCGGCGCGUGUUGAAGGAUCUGACGGAGGGUGGCCCGGCCUUUUUCUCUUUCAGAUGGGGCCUUAUCGCAGGGAGACUGGCCGACCGGAAACCGGAGGAGAUAGAGAGGUUCUGGAUAAUGAGGCACUCCGACGAGUUCGCCGGGAGGAGGAAGCGACGGGCGAGGGGAAGGCUCGGAGGAAAUAGUCCCUGGUAG